AUGAAGAUUAACCCUGAGGUACUAAACUAGGCAUUUUCCCCAAUAUGGCAGGGAAAACUGAGCUAAUGGGCUACAAUGAGCAACAUAACAGAGCCUACAAGCCAGUGACUCAGAUUUGUGUCCCAUCCACUGUGUCUGUGACAACAUGAAACUCAGCUGAAAUCAUAGCUUUUAACCAAAAUACAGCAGCUCAUGCCACGGUACACGAAAACAGGAACUAAGCAAAACUAGAUUAAGAAAAAAAAAAAGAAAAAAAAAAAAAAAAAACCCUAGUGACCUCCUUAUGAACCAUCUGUGAUUGAUUAGUCUGACUUACCAUCAUCAUCAUCAUCAAUAUCCUCAGUUGUUAAAUCUGGCCUCCAAUAAUUAUUAGUUUAAAACAGAAAUUCAUAAUGACAAGUGCCCACAUUGAUUGGCUUUGAUUUAUGCAAUGAUUUAUGUCGUUCUAUUCGUUAUUCGAGAACUGCUUUGGAUAAAACCCUAAAGAUUAAAUGUAAAUGUAGAUGUAAUUAAAUGUCUAGCCCAUCUUUCAUCCAAAUAUUUCCAAACCUCGCGAGGUUUGAAGUUGGACUCGCCGAAAGCACUGCGCGCAAGAGGUGGAUCAGACGCCGGUAGUAAACCGCGAAAACCCAAACAACAUCUCCUGUACGUGCUUGUGGAAGAACUGACAGGCAAGCGUCUGAAAGGGGGAGAGCCAACCUUUAGAAAAAAAUAUAUGCUGUUAUGACAUCAUGCUUUGUUAACCUUGACGUUCUGUUGCGAUGGAAUUUGCUGUUUUUGUAUUUGGGGUCCCAGAGGCUCCUAUGAGCCUUGAAGACACCAUGAUGGGCAUUCACAUCAAAUGUACUUGGCCAAUUCUGGCUUUUUUGUUCUUCCAACUGACAGCAGGGCAAGAUGACUUAAUUAUCUCUACUGACAAAGGCAAAGUCAGAGGACUGAGGCUUCCUGUGCCGGGAGGUUCAGGGUACGUGGGGGCCUUUCUUGGGAUCCCUUACGCCAAGCCUCCAUUGGACCUGCUUCGAUUCAAACGACCAGAGCCUGCUGAGGUGUGGAAUGGGAUACGGGAUGCCACCCAGUACUCCAAUUCCUGCUUCCAGGAACUGGAUACAUUGUACCCAGAAUUCCCUGGAGCUACCAUGUGGAAUCCCAACACCAGGAUUAGUGAAGACUGUCUGUACCUCAAUGUCUGGACUCCCUCAAUCAACCUCCAGAACCGAGUUAAACCCUUAGUCCCAGUUAUGGUGUGGAUCUAUGGUGGAGCCUUUUCCACAGGUACUGCCUCUCUGGAUGUGUACGAUGGGCGUUUCCUCAGUCAGUCCCAACAGGUGGUGGUGGUAUCCAUGAACUACAGGUUAGGGGCAUUGGGUUUCCUAUCUGUACCUGAAAGUAAGAGCAUUAAAGGAAAUGCUGGUCUGUUUGACCAGCGCCUGGCUCUAAGCUGGGUGUCAAAAAACAUUGCUGCUUUUGGGGGUGAUCCAUCCUCCGUAACCUUGUUUGGGGAGAGUGCUGGUGCUGGCUCUGUGGGACACCAUUUGCUUUCACAGGGCAGCCAUGGCCUGUUCACCCGUGCAAUUCUCCAGAGUGGCAGUCCCAAUGCCUUGUGGGCGACCGUGGAGCCAGCUCAGGCCUGGAAUCGUUCUUUAACUCUGGCUCAGCUUCUGAACUGCCCACUUUCAUCUGUUGAUGAAAUGGAGGCUUGCUUAAGAGCAGUUGAACCUGAGAAGAUAGUCAGUCUUCAAUUCAAUGUCAUUCCUCAUCCGACGAUAAUAAGUGUGCCCUUUCCGCCAACAGUGGAUGGAGAAUUUCUUUUAAACAUGCCAAAUGUCCUAAUCCAGUUAGGACAUUUUCUGAAAACAGAGGUUCUUUUGGGAUUGAACAGAGAUGAAGGGACAUACUUCCUUGUAUAUGGUGCACCUGGAUUUGGCAUCCAUAACCAGAGUCUUAUCAAUCGAGACCAGUUCCUCACAGGUGUAUCCUUGGGCCUCCCUGGUUUCAGUGACAUAGCCAGAGAGGCGGCUGCUUUUCAGUAUACUGAUUGGACAGAUGAGCAGAGCAAACCAAAAAACAGAGAGGCCCUAGGCUGGUUGGUGGGUGACUGCUAUUUUUCAUGCCCCUUACUGGAUUUUGCCCGUAUGUAUGUUGAGAAUGGUGGCAGUGCCCGAUUGUACCUCUUUAACCAUCGCUCCAGCUUCAACCCCUGGCCUCAUUGGAUGGGUGUAAUGCAUGGGGAUGAGAUCCCAUUUGUUUUUGGGAUUCCUCUGAACCAGACCUUUGGAUUCUCUAAGGAGGAGGAGGCCAUGAGCAGGAAGAUAAUGGAGCAUUGGAGCAACUUUGCUAGAAGUGGGGAUCCGAGUGUGGAGGGAGCAGAUUGGCCGCCAUUCACGCUGGAACAUCAGCAGUAUGUCACGCUUAACACUGGCCUGUCACAAACACUCCGGAUGCUCAGAGCCCAGCAGUGCAAGUUCUGGGACAGUUUCCUGCCAAAACUGCAGUGUGUCACAGUGAGUAUUGAUGAAGUGGAGUUCCAGUGGAAGUCUCAGUUCCACCGCUGGGUUUCUUACAUGGUGGACUGGAAGAAUCAAUUUAACGACUAUGCCUCUGUCAAAAAGCAACAGUGUGAAAACCUUUAAUGUCUGACCACAUUUCCCCAAAAGCAGCCCAAUGCGCUGCACUUUACUACUUCAGAAAGCCAGAGCCCAUAUGUAUAAACAGAGGAAGGAGCUUCUGUGGCUUCUAUAUCUUCACAACUUAGUGCCUUUUUGCUUCCUUCUUAAGGCCUUGUGUGGUAGAGAAUUGCUAUUUUGGGAACUCAAAAAAGGGUCAAUCUUAUCGAGGUACUGGGGUAAGUGUGUUUGCUUGACACAAGAUAAUGUCUAGGUCAUAUUUCACUAAAAAAAUAAAAUAUAAAAUUAUUCUUUGUAUGUAAAAACUGAAGCUUGUUUUAGAACCUUUCAGUUUUUUAUUCCAUUGUGACAUUAUUUUAAUGACAAUUAAGCACUUUUUAACCUCAAAUGUAAUUGUUGUAAUAUUUUAAAGUAAUUAUACAUUGUCUAAAAACAUGACAAAACAGCCUCAAUAGUAAAAGGUCCAGAUGCGUUAUACAUAUUUCACACAGAUGUUUUUGUGAGAUUCACCUCCUUAAUGGCCAAGAAAAUGAACUUGGUUUGAUUUGGUUUGGUGAUGUGUGUAACUGAGUGCCAUACUUUUAAACUAUUUAUGCAGUCUGAUUGUGUUUAAUGUGGAAUAUUUUUCAUGAUUUGCUUGAGGCUUGUUCCUUGUUUUGUUAUCAAAACUGUAAAUUUUAAUACUUUUCAUUCUAAUUAAUGUAGUUGAGUGAAUAUAUAGAAUUAAAUAUGUAUGAAAGCGGAAAUUCUGCUGAAUGAUGAAAUUGAGGAUUAAUUGAGUAUUUUUGCACAAUGGUUCCUUCAAACAGCAAUAAACUGCAGUAUUUACACGGCACAA